GGUACUCCUGCAAAAAUGAUACUUUGAAUUUUUCAACUCAACUUGUCCUCGGUCGUUAAAUGCAUUGCAAGGGUUUGGUCGCAGGUUCCCCUGCUAGCUCCAUGCACCAUUAUAUGCAGCUUUUCCGCGUUACAAAAUCUGCUACAGCUUAAGUCUUUCGGCCGCGAAUCGUCCCCGACGCCUUUCGAACGCGCUCGCCGUUUGAAACCUGCCUUCUCGCUUAAGGAAUGCAGUCAUGGGCGAGUAGAGGCAGCCAUUGCCUGUCAUGCGCUAUACAACCUCUUUUUCGUUUGGGAAUACGAACAUUUUCCACCACACCAGCACUUCAGAGGUCGAAACGGUUGCAAAAGUCAAAGAAGUCACAACAGGCCACACAGACUAAGCCUGACAAUUCUCCGGCUAGACCUUCCCUCCGUUCCGCUACAAAGAAUUCAAGGCAGAAUGUCACCGCACCGGACUUCUCAAUCAUCGUGGGGACUCUGCUGAAGGAGCUCAAGAAAGAAUUAGCACAGAGCUCUGAGUCAGCGUUAGCUGGAUGGCAGAGAUUUGAACGAUAUGUAAUGAAUGCAUGCAAAUUAGAGGACCGAGCAACUAGUGGGGGGUUCGGCACUCUACGGCAGGUGAAGACCACAUUACAAAAGACGUACAUUCAAUCUGGCGUUCGGGGCUUAAAGAAUGAGUUGGAGUAUCUCCUAUACGCUGAGGAUGUCACUUCGAAAUACUCAACCCCCAACUUAGAACAGCAGAAGAAAGUGGCGGAUAUGCGUUUUCCAGCAGAGUGGUAUCCGCAAGCGCGAUCUAUACAGCGAACAAUACAUCUACAUGUUGGGCCAACGAACUCGGGGAAAACGUAUCAGGCAUUAAAAAAGCUCGAGGCUAGUAAAAGUGGCUUCUAUGCUGGGCCACUAAGACUACUUGCGCAGGAGGUAUACCAUCGAUUUCAGGCCAACGGAACUACCUGCAGUCUUGUCACUGGUGAUGAUGUCAAAAUCCCUGAGGGCCAGGCGCCGACUAUUGUGAGCAAUACAGUUGAGAUGGUUAAUCUAGGGCAACCGUAUGAUGUAGGGGUCAUUGAUGAAAUUCAAAUGAUUGGGGACCCCAAACGCGGAUGGGCCUGGACUCGUGCUGUACUUGGGGCGCGUGCUAAGGAACUUCAUCUCUGUGGUGAGCCAAGGGUUGUACCGCUGAUACGAGAGCUGGCAGCCCUUACGGGAGAUAAGCUUGAAAUUCACCGAUAUGAACGACUAAACCCUCUGAAGGUUAUGGACCGAAGUCUAAGGGGCGACCUAAAGAACCUGCAAAAGGGAGAUUGCCUGGUCGCCUUUUCUCGCGUCGGAAUUCACGCGCUUAAAGCAGAUAUUGAAAAGGUCACUGGGAAACGGGCGGCAAUUGUAUAUGGAAGCUUACCAGCUGAAAUUCGGACUCAGCAAGCCAGUCUUUUCAAUGACCCAAAUAACGAAUACGACUAUCUGGUCGCUAGUGAUGCCAUUGGUAUGGGUCUAAAUUUGAGUUGCAAACGUAUCAUUUUCGAAACACUCGUGAAGAGGGUGCCAGGUGGUCUUGUGAGGCUCUCCGUACCUGAAAUUAAACAAAUCGCAGGACGCGCUGGCCGUUACCGGUCGGCUGCUCAACAACAGAAAAACGGAAAGCCUGCCGAGAAUGACGGCACAAAUGUCGGUUAUGUAACAUCCCUAGAAGAGGUGGAUCUUCCCUACAUUCACCAGGCCAUGGGGAUCGAGCCCCCUCCAAUCACUGCGGCCGGCGUGUUCCCUCCAGAGCCUAUUUUCCAGAGGUUUGCCGCAUACUUCCCUCAGAGCAUUCCGUUGGAAUAUAUCAUUAAGCGUCUUAUUGAUGUUUCCCAAGUACAUCCUUUGUUCUUCAUGUGUGACCCUCGGGGUCAAUUGGAUAACGCCGAGGUUAUAGACACUGUGAGCGGCUUGCGAUUUGAAGACCAAAUGACCUUUAUGGCUGCGCCCAUGCAUACCCGGGACAUCUCCUCGCGCGAUGUUGCCUGUGCAUUUGCGCAAUGUGUCGCCGAGCACACAGGUGGUCGCUUGCUGGACAUACCGGACUUAAAUUUGGAGAUUCUAGAAGAGCCUGUGUCUGGAAACAAGGAAUAUUUGCAUGACUUGGAGAUAUUGCACAAGUCUGUGAUAUUGUACUCGUGGCUCAGUUUUCGAUUUGGUGGAGUCUUUACUGACCGAACUCUUGCCGCCCACGUGAAGGAGCUAGUCGAAGAGAGAAUGGUUAGGGCACUGACUGAGUUCUCUGCUAAUAAGAAGCUGAGAAAGGACGCCUCACUUCGCCGCCAGAUCGCUUUACAGAAACAGAUUCAGGACCAUAAACGAUUACUUGCUGAAGCCGACCUUGACGCUCUCGAAGAAGAGAGCGAGGAAACGGUCCCUAUUGAUCUCUCAGCCGACAACGACUCUCUAGAAAGGGUCAGUCCGGAGGCACAGGCUGCGUAGGAUCUCAUGCCUUGCCGAUAUAUCUACUGCGGAUCUUAUUGUAACGAAGCAUUCCAGCAGCUUCUCUACUCUCUCAGUCCUAGUCAUCGCGAUGGUAGCGAGAACGAUACAAGCCAAACUUUUUUUUUUUUUAUCUGGUUGAAGGUUGGCAUUCAAAAUUCUUAGGGGGGCGAAUAAUAGUUGAAGACUUCCCUUGUUUGGAUGAUUGGAAUUAGGGGUUAGUGUAACAUACAAAUGUAAACUAAGUGUACAUUAUAUCAGUAUAUAGAUCUAGCUCAGGCCGAUUCAGGGUGCCAUUCAGUUUUUGCUGCCUGACAUGAUCA